AUGAUCCCACUAUUUUGGCAAGCGCUGGUAAAGCUGAUUGGUGGCAAGAGGGUCAACGAUUCAUCAAGCCUUGACACUGUUCACCUCUUCAAGGCGUUCGUCGAUAACCAUUACCCUUACUUCACACAUAAAGAGAGGCGGGGCCUCUUUACCGCAACCAACGUUGACCACUUUGAAUACCGCUCUUUCUAUGUGGCGCUACUCGUUCUCAGUCACCGACUUGGCAGCCAGAGAGAGCCGAACGAGUGGUCAAUCGAUGCUGCAGCUGCCAAGCUCACGGUCGGUAUUGGCGCCUGUGCUAUGGCCAAAGCAGACCAUUGUGACAGAGUGGCUCUUUCCUAG